GUUGCCAAAACACUCCUACUUCAUUUUUAAAUUACAAAGUGACUAACGGUAGACUAUUUAGGUUUAAAAAAAGUUUAAAUCCUUUAACCCGUGAAUUUGAGUGGAAAGAAGUAAUCCCUCUCGAAUUUAGACUCGACAUUAUAGUUAAAAACCAUUCAGAACCUACCGCUGGCCACUUGGGCAUAUAUAAAACACAUAAACGACUUUCUUUAAACUACUUCUGGCCCGAUAUGCAUCACGAUGUAGUUAAAUUCGUUUCAAGUUGUGAUACUUGCUGUGCUCACAAGCAUGCUACUCAUGCUACUCUUGGCAUUAUGGGCCGUCCUAAAGACUGCUCACGCCCUUUUCAAAUGUUGAGCAUGGAUCUUAUAGGUCCCCUACCCCCGUCGAGAAAACAGAACACCUUUAUAUUUGUCGUGACAUGUUGUUUCUCGAAGUAUUGUCUAUUAUUCCCAAUUCGUCGCGCAACCUCCGAGAUAAUAGCUAAGUUAAUCGAGGAAAAAGUUUUCUUAGUUCAUGGCGUGCCCAGCACUGUUCUUAUGGACAAUGGAAAACAGUUCACAGGCAACCUGUUAAAGAAGUUGUUUAAUGACUACAAUGUGCCUAAUGUAAAAUUUACGCCUAAAUAUACUCCGCAAGUGAACACAGUAGAACGUUAUAACAAAGUGAUCAUUACAGCAGUGUCAUCCUACAUUGAAAACGACCAUAGAUUCUGGGACUGCAACCUACCUAAAAUUCAAUUCGCUAUGAACACAGCUAGUAAUGAGGUGACAAAAUACAGUCCCUCAUUUCUCGUUCAUGGACGGGAGUUGGUCACUAGUGGCUUACAUUACAUUGACGCAGAACUAGGCGACGAAAUAAUAUUUACCCCUAGAGAUGAGUAUGCGGAGAAUCUGGGUAAUUUGCGAAAAAUUUUCGAUAAGGUUCAAUCCUCUCUAGUUCAAGCCCAUGCCAGGAAUAGUGAACACUAUAACUUGCGUCGUAAGGAUCAUAAUUUUAAAGUUGGUGAUACUAUUUGGAAAAAAACCUUCUACCUUAGCGACAAAAACAACAUGUAUUCCAAAAAACUUGCACCGAAAUACGUGCAAUGUAAAAUAGUUGCUAAAAAGUCUAACUUAGUAUACGAACUAGAAGACAUGCAAGGGAAUAAUAUAGGACACUGGCACAUCAAAGAUUUUAAGAUCACCAACUACAAAGUUUAAUAGGAUUACAUAAUUCCCUAUCAACGAUUUCUAUAUUAACCGUCUAAGUUUAUUCAUUGGCCUCAUGAUACGGAUUUACAAACGCUGGCACAUUCUCUAAAUACUCUAGCUGUUAGAUUACAUUCUUUCUACUUUAUAAACCCCUACCGGUUUGUGAGUUCCAAGCCUAUCAAUAGGUUAUCAAAUCUUCUAAAGAGAUCUAAAAUAUACGGAAUAGCCAGCAUCAGUGUCUAAUAUCACUGAAGACACUGAGGUUAGUGAUUAAACUUAUUUAAGACCCAUUAAUAAAUACAUGAGAGUAUUAAUACAAUCGUAUGUAUAUUACUCAAUGUGCUAGGACGCAAAAACAUAUUUAGACAUGUUUAUUGCUUAUUUGGCUGUGUGAUGAAUGUAUGGAGAAGUGGUGUAUGUUUAGAUCGAAGCCUGAAUGAUAACUUGUGUAUCUAUUAAGUAGACAACAGAAAUAGCGGGUUUUCCUAGUAAAAACCCUAACCUAAAAAGAGGGGUAUGUAACGGUUUACCGUUAUCUUUAAUUAAAAUCCUAUGAAAUAAAAAAAAUACAACUAAAACCUAAAUAUAAUUAUAAAUUACUAUAAUACUAACUAAUACUCACUAUAUAUAUAUUGACAAAGAAAUCAUACAAAAACUCUAAAAAGUAAUAAACUACACAUAAUAAAUCUACGAACAAACGGAAUUGACGACUUCAUUUGCUAUUAGAUAAAACUAGAUGCGAAUACAAAGGACUACGUCACCCGCUCGCGAUAAGCGAUGUGCACUGGCCGGUUAAUGAGACACAUACGCGUCCGCGACAUUUCUACCACGGCUUUGACAGCGAAAGGUCAAAUAAACUAAAUCUAAAACGUCAUGAAGUGACAAAUUUUUAAUAUGGUGAAAUAAAAUCUAAAACUAAAUGUGUUAAGUUUAAGUUCCAGUAUUUCCCCAAAUAGGGGACCAAGUCUGGGGUUUCAAUUGGAACACACCGACCCCACUGCGCGUGCUCCCGUUCAUGUUCCGGAAGGUUCCGGCUGAGGAUCCGGAACCCUGCUGAUGACGGCCUCCUCCACAAGUGCGAAACCGUAGUGCAGGGAAGUGACCCCUAUCAAUGGCUUGUUUCCGACCUAACUGUGUAGUGCCAGCUCAGAAAAGACUCACGACCUUGUCCUUCUUUUAGUUAGUUUUUUUGUUUUAAAUACAUCUUGUAAAUUUUA